AUACACACAGGAUGCAGUUGGGUAGCCGGUCGCAUCUGUCGUCUGCCUUCCCCGAACCUUCCCUUCUCCUUGCAUUGCCUGUCUUUUGAGUUUUGACAACCAACCAGGCCUACCUGCCCUGAUUCUUGUCCCUCCAUUCCGUCUUGUUCUUCGUCUUCACCGAUCACCAGGGAACACCACCUCCACCGUACCACUAGUGAAGUAGGUGGUGACCGCCGGCCGACAAUGGCAGCCGAGCCGGAGGACAUCCCCGACGAGGAACCCUUCUCUCCUUCCAUCUUUCUUAACCUGUCCCCGACUCCUGCCCCGCACCGCGAUGACGACCAUCAGGACCCGGCAAACCACCAAGCUUCACAGACCUCCACUGAGAUCCUGUCCGUCGCCAACACCAUUAGUGGCGGAGUAGGCACCAGCGGCUUCACCCUCUCGCCGUGCUUCUCCGACACCACCGCCACCGUGUUGGACGGCGUGACCUGCUGGCCCUACGACCCGGUCGAGCUCUCCCAGAAGCUCCUUUAUUCUACGACUAGGACUGCUUCCUUGCACGUCCAGGACGCGAGCGCCAGCGUGGGAUUCUGGCAGAACGGGGGCAAGCUUAAGACCGCGACGACGGCGCCUGCUAGUGCUGGCGACGACGUUGGAGAGCACGACGCGCUCUUCUCCGGUGGUGGCGCCGGCGAGACGAGCAGGGUAACCAUGGACAUGCUGAACCAAGCGUUCCUCAAGGGUAUGGAAGAAGCCAACAAGUUCUUGCCCACCAACAACACCCUCCUCACCCACUUCCACUUGGAGACCAUCUCCGAGUCCGGGGACAGACACGGCAUUGCCGCUGGACAGAAACGCCAUAACCACCAGGAGGACAACGACAGCUUGGAGGCCGAGGCAGGCAGAAAAAGCAAGGUGGUAGCGCCGGAGCCAGAGGAGACAGGGGAGAUGGUCGACAGGUUCGUUCUUGUUGGGUACCAGUCGCUGCUCGACAAGAUGAUGGACAUGAGCAUCGCCGUGGACAGCGAGGCCGAGCACAAGGCCAGGACGAAGCAGGGGAAAAAGAAGCCUACCAUUACCAUGGCGGCGAGCAGCAGCAGCAAGGAGGAGGAGGAGGAGGUGGUGGUGGACUUGCACGCCUUGCUCCUACAGUGUGCACAUGCGGUGGCCACUGGAAACCGCCUUCAGGCGACCGAGCUGCUUUGCAAGAUCAAGCGGCACUCCUCGCCUACGGGAGACGCCACACAGAGGCUGGCCUAUUGUUUCGCCCGUGCACUCGACGCACGGCUCGCAGGCACCGGAAACCAGCUGUACAGGUCGCUCAUGGCGAAGCACACCUCGGCCAUGGAAUUCAUCAAGGCCUAUCAGAUGUACCUCGCGGUUUCCUGCUUCAAGAUGAUGGCGUUUAAGUUCUCCAACCUAACCAUCUGCAAGGCUGUGGCUGGUAGUACAAGUAGGAGGAAGAAGAAGCUGCACAUUGUCGAUUACGGCGAGCAUUGUUACGGGUUCCACUGGCCAACCCUGCUUGGCUUCUGGGGGACAAAAACUUGGGACGAAGACGAAGCAGGACCGCCGGAGGUGAGGAUCACCUUCGUUGGCCUCCCUCAACCAGGGUUCCGUCCGGCUGCUCGGAUUGAGGAGACAGGACGCCGGCUCAGUACCUUUGCUCGUCAGUGUGGCAUCCCCUUCAGGUUCCGCUGCAUCGCGGCAAAGUGGGAGACGGUCUGCGCCGACGACCUCGACCUUGAACCUGACGAGGUGCUCGUCGUCAAUGGCCUCUUCCAUUUUGGCAGGAUGAUGGAUGAGGGCAUCGAUGACAUAUACAGUCCAAGCCCUAGGGAUGUGCUCCUGGGCAACAUUCAGAAGAUGCGGCCGCAUGUGUUCAUCCUCUGCGUCGAGAACAGCUUACACAACGCGCCAUACUUUCUAGGACGGUUCCAAGAGGCAUUGUUCUACUACUCCUCCAUGUUUGACAUGAUGGAUGCAGCGGCGCCACGGAACAAUGACCAGCGCUUGCUGGUCGAGCAGGACCUCUUUGGAGGGCGUGUUCUGAAUGCCGUUGCCUGUGAGGGGUUUGAUAGGGUGGAGCGUCCUGAGACGUACAAGCAGUGGCAGGCACGGAACGACCGGGCUGGAUUGAGGCAGUUGCCACUGGAUCCGGAUAUUGUUAAGGCUGUGAGUGACAAGGUUAGGGAUAACUAUCACAGGGACUUUGUCGUCUAUGUGGAUCAGAAAUGGAUCCUGCAGGGAUGGAAGGGACGCAUACUCUAUGCUAUGUCCACUUGGGUUGCAAACGAGGAUGCUAUCUCAAAUCUUAGCUAGCUAGCAACACGUAAGACUCAUGUCCUUGUAAUAUACUAUGUGACAUGCUUAAUUAUAUUAGGUUGUACUGUUUUUUUU